GAGGUGCUUAUUGUUCCUUCCCUUCCAAGAGAGAAAGGAGGCUAGCGUAGAAAGGCGAAGCUCUAACGAUUACCGAGACGUUUACAUAGACCAUUUUCAUACGGUUUCAAGUUGCGGAUAUAUAGCACAACGGCCGAGGAAGGUUGACACAGGACCCAGUGGCCAUGGCAUAUGCAUACCUUUUCAAAUACAUCAUUAUCGGAGACACGGGUGUGGGGAAAUCAUGCCUAUUAUUACAGUUCACAGACAAGCGGUUUCAGCCGGUGCACGACCUCACUAUCGGUGUGGAGUUUGGGGCGCGGAUGAUCACUAUAGAUGGUAAACAGAUCAAGCUGCAGAUCUGGGACACGGCCGGCCAAGAGUCCUUCCGCUCCAUCACCCGGUCCUACUACAGAGGGGCAGCCGGCGCCCUGCUAGUGUAUGACAUCACAAGAAGGGACACCUUCAACCACUUGACAACCUGGUUAGAGGACGCUCGCCAACAUUCCAACUCCAACAUGGUCAUCAUGCUCAUUGGGAACAAGAGUGACCUGGAGUCCAGGAGAGAGGUGAAGAAGGAGGAGGGAGAGGCCUUCGCCAGAGAGCAUGGCCUCAUCUUCAUGGAGACCUCUGCCAAGACCGCAUCCAACGUAGAAGAGGCAUUCAUCAACACAGCGAAGGAGAUCUACGAGAAGAUCCAAGAGGGUGUCUUCGACAUCAACAAUGAGGCUAACGGCAUUAAGAUUGGGCCCCAGCACGCUGCCACCAACUCCACACUCUCUGGUAGCCAGGGGGGCCAACAGGCUGGAGGGGGAUGCUGCUGAACACCCUUCACCCCUCUGUCUCAUACCCCCCCUCCCCCAAUCACCCACCCUGCCCCUCGCGUUUCUACUGGACUGGUCGGGCUCACUAACAUUUUCUUAACACCUCCCUCCCCACAGCCUUGCCACCGGAGAGUCUAAUUGUAUACUCGAUGACUGUCUGUCAAAAUAUACCAAGCAAAACACGUUAAAGUACCCCCGGUCCUGGGGCAAAAAUGCACCCCCUGUAUCGGACGGAGCAUUGAAGCCUGUCUGGGAUGUAGAAUGGUAGGGUUUACUGUUACUAUUGUGGCAAAACAGGCAGAAUGCUUUAGGAUAGGGACCUUAUCUAUCUGUACAUCUGUGAGCCAGUUGUGGAUCAUGUCUUUUUUUUUUUUUUUUUACCUCAUCCCUGAAUAUAUAUAUAUAUAUAUAUAU